CGCCGAGGGCAGGCCCGAGACUCGUGCGCCAACGGUCUUCGGGUCCUGGGAGGCCGGGCACUGGCAGGAGGGGGCAGGGCGAAGCGAAGCGAAGGCCCCGGGGGAUCGAGAACGGUGGGAGAGAGCCAGGCUCGGCGGGGCGAGGCCCAGGCCCGGGCGGGGCGAUGGAGGAGGCGCUGCUCUCCACUCCCAUCAACCCUAACAACUUCCCCGCUAAGCUGUGGCGGCUGGUGAACAGCCCACGCUACCGCUCGAUCCGCUGGGACGGCCGCGGCGAGGGGCUGCUCAUCGACCAGCCGCUCUUUGAGGCCGAGCUACUCAGCCCGCCGGGGCCGGGGGCCGGAGGCGGCGGGGGUGCUGCCGCCGGGGGCGCGGGGGUCGGCGGUGCUGGCGGUGCUGGUGGCGGCGGCCUUGGGGCCUCCUCAGCCGAGCCCGAGCUCUUCAAAACCACCAACUUCACCAGCUUCAUCCGCCAGCUCAACCUGUACGGCUUCCGCAAGGUGGUACUGGGCGGGCCGGGCGCGGCGGGGCCCGGGCCCGGCGGGCCUGCGGGCGACGGGCCGCUGCACCACUUCCACAGCCCGCACUUCCGCCGCGACCAGCCGCAGCUGCUCGUGCACCUCAAGAGGCUCACCAGUGCCAACAAGGCCAAGCUGGCGGCCGGCCUGGAGGUGCCUUGCCGCCCGCCCAACCGCUUCCAGCGGCUCCUCAUCACCUCGGCCUCCGCCUCCGCCUCCGCCUCGGCCUCCACCUCGCCACUGCAGCACCAGGACCCGCCGCUGGCCCCCACGGGGUCCCGGCCGGAGCCGCAUGGACCAGUGGCUGUAGGACAAUUUCACCGGUCAUUCCGGCGAGAUAGUUUGUCUCCUUAUUCCUACGUAUCAACUUCAUCCCACAACCACAGCACUUUCCCUCUGAAAGGUUUAGACCGGACCCCGAUUCCUCCCAGAACAUGGCAGAAUUCUCUUGGAAUGCACCCUGGACAAGUGGAGACAUCUCCCAGUUUUUCAGAUAAAGGGGUUCCAUUUCCUGUACUGCAGAGAUUUCCAACAGAGGUUACCUAUACGUUGCAACCCAACGCCACAUCUGUACAUGUUCAGCAAGGUACUCAAACAAUGGUCAGCUCCUCCCAAAAGUAUGGUAACUACACACCCUCAGCACAGUACUCCCAAGCCUACUAUCCAACAGCUGUGCUGCAGUGCUGCUCUCCUUCCACCCACAUGGAUGCUUUAAGUAGUUGUGUCACUCCCACUGCCUCUUCCUAUGCACACUGCAACUACUUCCAGAAUCCUCCAAUGCAGUCUUCCUAUCCGGUUGAAUUUCUGCCUUCUAACUGGCCUUGCAGCGCUACUGAUGAAAGUAAAAAGACAGAAGUAAACCUAGAGGCUGUCUUUCAGAUAGUAGAUGAGUUGCAUUCUUCCCCUAAAUUGGAGAUGGUAAAGGUGGAGCCUGUUGAGAAUCAGUGCUCAACAUCUCAGUCUAACAGAAGCCAACAUAUCCUAGCUAAUUCAAACAAUACCAAUUCAUCUUCCACAAAUCAGGCUAGCCAGCUGGAGCCACUUACUCCUGUAGGCUCAGAUAUUACAUCUUUUGUGGUCGGAACAGAACAAGCCAUUACCUGCUCUUUACCACAGUCACCCGAGUACAUCUAUACCAUCCACACACCUCAGCCUGUGGAAAAUAGCACUCUGCAGGAUUCUGCAGCUGUACAACAAGCUCAUGUGAAACUGAAGGAGCAGCUAAGUCAUAAUCCAUCUUCAUCUUCUGUGGUAUUUGUGCAGGAAGGAAUUCCAUUCGGCACACACCAGGUGGAUGCCAGUGUAAAAUGCCCGACCAAUCCAUCUGAGAAUAUCUUACCUUCAGAACAGAUGGGAUUCCUCAUUUCAGAAAUGGGGCCUACUAGCAAGCCUAGUAAAGACACAGGUUUAUCUACUCCAGCCAGAUACAGAGAGCGAAGAAGCAACUCACAACAAGGAAAGUCUCCUGAUCUUCAUCUGUUGGUGGACGUGGCCUGCAAACAGGAGCACUUUCCAAAGGAGGAAGAAUUAAAAGAGUGAGGAAUGGAUGACAAAAGUGACAUUGUGCAUUAGCUGUAGCUGGAGGCACACUAGCCUUGCACAUGACACACUGUUGGGAUUUUUCCGGUUCUGUUAAGGAAAAAAAGAAGUAUUAUUUGUUUUGUUGGGAAUUUUGUUAAUUGAAAAUUGGAAGUUUGGUAUUUUCUACAGCUGUUCAGUUCAGAUUAUUUACCUUGACAAACUACUAAACAUCUAGCAGCCAUGGUGUUUUUUUUUUUUUUAAUUUUAUUUUUUGUUUUGCUUUGCUGCCCAGAUCCCUUUCAAAUGAAAAGUCCUAGCCUUCUGUUACAGUCAAGAAGCAUCUAAAAACUGCUGCAUUGAUGGUACUGGAGCAAAAUGUGUGUGUGCUGAGUCGUUGUGCCACUCUCAAACUGUAGUCAGCACAACUUCUGUCUAUCUGUUUCAAGUCACAGUGUGAUCCUUUCAAGAAGAUGAUGUGAGAAACAAAGACAUAUGAGGUCAUGGAGAUCACAGGUCUAAAUGGGUCAGAAAUUCCAGGGAAGAAACUAUGGGAAAGAGCUAAUUUUCUACAUGGUUAAUAGGGAAAUUAUCUUACUUCCUAACACAGCAUUCUGUUUCAAGAGCAAGGCAUCCGGACUUGGACCAUCUAUCAUACAAAACAGCCCCUGAUUCUUUCAUAUCAACAGGAGCAUUCUCUAUUCACAUAUCUUUCUUUAACUUAAUGACACAUUAUCAUAAAUAGAAAAAAGGUUUUGUUAAUAUCUCUUAAAUGUCUUCUAAAGAAAAAAUUUAACUUGUUUAAUAUAAUUGUGUUUAUAAAUGCUGGUAGAUUUAAAGGUUUUAAAGCUUUAUAUUUUUAUUAAUAUUGCAGGCUAGAAAGAUAAAAGCUGCAUAUGUAAUUUUUUAAAUUUUGAAUGGAAUAGGUACAAUGUGAACAGAAACAUUAAGGGAUUUAAUGUAGCAUUUCUGAUUUUAGACUUUUACAUUCAACAAAUACAAAUUCUCAUCUGUGUUGAGGAAAACUGUCAUUUAGCAGAAGCUAUGCUCUGAUAUUUUUAAUAGUUCAUAUUUGCCUUAAGCUUCUGGGAGAAUUUUAAUAGUAGGAUAGAAGAGAACCUUUUUUUUUCUCAUCUCCAUUAUAAGGUUCUAAAUUUGAGUACUAGGAAUGUGGGACUCACAUGAGAAGAGGACAUUUUGGAUGCCCUUCAUGUGCAUAUCCAAUGACAGCAAGGACCUUUCUGACUUAAAGUCUUUUAAACGAACUAGAAUUUUCUUUAGCAUUCUAACUCAAGUUUUCCUAAUAAGCAUUACAAAAACAAAAGGAAAGCCUAAGAAUAUGAAGCUAAUAAAAAAUUGUAUUAAGUACUAGGCUAGCCUUUGUGGAUGUAACAGUUAAUUCCUUAUGUUACAUUGUGCCUUCCCAGUGAUUUCAAACACUAGAAGAGUUACAGAGAUCAGGAUUUUUGGAAAAGAGCUCUCUGUAUUGGUCUGCAGUGUCUUAGUUUAGAUAUAAAGUAGGAACUGAAAAGUGACUUGUCUGGUUCAUCUGAGUAGACUAGUAAGUGCCCGGAUGCUGGGCAUUUAUUAAUCUUCAUUAGCAAGGCUUAAAGGCGGAUGAAUCAUCAAGACAUGCACAUCUUUUGGCCAUGCUGCAUAUUUUGGCAGAGUGUGUGAAAAGCAGAUUGGAUUUCCUAAUGAAGGAGCUUUGCCUUUUCUCUGUCAUGUUGAAUUGCUGGUGAACUGUGUAGAUGAUAUUCCUUCCCUUCGAUAUGCCUUACUUAGCUUUUAUAUGUUGAAAGUGACAAUAUCUUUUGAGGAACAUGUGUCAAGCAGGAACUUUGGCAUAGAUUUGGUUUCAGUGGUUUUAAGGCUUAAUGAAUGAAAUGCCUUGAUGAGCUUUCCAAACUCUUUUAUAUAUGACUACACCAGACCAAGGAGCCGGAUCUCCUGCUGUGCUCACAUGCUUGGCACCCAUCAGCUAAAGCCAUCUAUCAUCAGUGACUUGGGCAAAAUGGCGAGAGGUAACAUCAAAUCUUCUUGCAAAUUAGCCAGUCAGGUCUGACACAUAAUAGCAAGGUUCCUAAUUAGCACCUCCGUAUUUCAGCACCUUAAGCACCAAUAAAUUUCAAUCAAUCAAUAAUAAAG